CUUGAAUAUGGCCCAAUUAACUUUGCCCCAUAUGAAAUUGGUUUUGGUUUGGGUCAAUUCUCACAAUCUCCACCUUGACCAAACCAGUUAAACCAAAUUAAAAAGAAACUUUGUUUCCGACACUUAGCUCGUCUCUCUCUCUCUCGCGAAGCUUCACUUGGGCGACUUGCUCAGGUGCAGUUCCGGCCACCAUCUCACUCCCCGGCGGUUCUAUUCUCGCGACAUGAAGCCAUCUAGCCUUUGAAAUCCGACGCCCAUAGAUCUUUGCUUCGUCGCAUCCUCCAUCUCCGGUGGGUUUUCUAGUUCUUCUCCAAUGCAAUUUCCGAAUCAGAACACACCCACUUCGGUUCCAUCUUCUGCAGCAUCUGAGACCUGACAUAGAAACUACCUGCUCUAAAAUGAAUCAAUUUCUUGCGAUUUAGCAGUCCUCCGCCUUCUCCACCAGGAAAAAAACUCCAUUUUGCCGAAGAAUCAUGCUUCUUCCUCACACCAAUUUCAGACAUCUCAGAUGAGUGUCUCCGACGACGAGUUCCGUCAGAAAACCCAGCCAUAACUGUGGAUUCAACAGCUUGCUUCCACUGGACAGACACAUUCCAGCAUACUACGACAAUGAGAUCAACCUUCUCUCAAUGUUUCUGGGUACUAUGUCGAUAAUGGAGUUACCUGGGCUUAAGGACAACGGGCCCAAUAUCAAGGCCUUGUUAUUUCAACUUCGGUCUUCUCCGUAUAUAAUUGAUUUUAUAUCAUUCCUCAAAAAAAUUCCUCUCUCUCUCUCCCCUAGGGUGUUCUUCUAUUUCGUUCGUUCGUUCGCUCGUCGUCGCUUGCCUCUCUCUACAUAGACAGAGCCGGAGAUGGAUUCAAGAUCGACCUCUGUUGUUCUGCGUCGUAUCCGUCCAUUGGCGGGAGCGUUCAGAUACUAUCCAUACACUAGGACGGUCUCUGGUAAGGAGGAGAUGAAAGAGGAGGUUGUGCGACUAGGAGCUGAGCUCUCCCUAUAUGUGGCUCAAUCAAUGUUCUUGUUGUGUGAUGACAUUGGUACUAUGUUAUGGUUCUGCUUUAAGUUAUGGAGAGGUGUAAUAGCAGAUCGGAAUCCCGUGUUGGAGAGGCUGCUUCGUGUUAUGCAUUAUGUAAACUCAAAACAUAUCAAACCCAAGAAGAGAGUGUAUCAGGAUGGCGGCAGCAACUCGGUCCAAUGGGAACUGAUCAGGACCUCUUGGAAGAAUUUCGCUGACGGUAUCAUAAUCUUGAGUCGCCUUGAUACAACUCUUAGAAGAAAAGUAACGUGUUUUGAUGAUCGUCAAUUAUCGUCGGCUAUUGAAAAGUACAAGCAACAAGUGCUGAAGAAGCUAGAGGGUGAAUUGAGGUCGGUGAAUGGGUUUGCGAAGGAGACGAUAGAGUCUAACAUUUUUGACUUGUGGAAGUCUCUGUUUGAUGAAGAACCAACCUCCAGGAUUCAGAGCGACCUGUUUAGGCCUAUUAUGGGAAAACCAUUGCAUAGCGAGAUACUGGCACUGCCCGUAUGUUCUCCUUACAUUCUAGGGAAUAGUUUUGCAACGGAGGAAGUGAAAGAGGAGGUUGUGCGACUAGGAGUUGAGCUCUCCUUAAACGUGGCUCAGUCGAUGUUCUCACUGUGUGAUGACGUUCGGACUAUGCUAUUCUUUUGCUAUAGGAUAUGGAGAGGUGCAAAAAGGAGCGUGAUCAACGAAAGCCACGUGGUGGAUAGGCUGCUUCUUGUUAUGCAUCAUGUCUACACAAAAUAUAUCAAACCGAAGAAGGGAGUGUACCAGAAUGAUGGCAACAAUUCGGCCCAGUGGGGAUUGAUCCGCACGACUCAGGACAAGUUUGUUGCUGAGUUUAGGUCAUUGGAUGGUGGUGUCUACUUUCUCAAAGCAGGAGGAGCAUGUGGCCGAGUGUUUACGCCUGCUAUUGAAGAAGGGCUGAAGAAGGUAGAGGAGAAGUUGGGGUGUGUGAAGGGUGUUUCAGAGGCGAAUGGGUUUGCUAGGGAUUCCAUGGAGUCGAGCUUUUUGGACAUGUGGAAGUCUCUGUUUGACACAGAAGCUAAGGAAGCAACACAGACUCUGAAAGCCAUAAAGAGUGGAAUGAUCCGCGACUUGUUUCUCUCACUAACUAACGAAGCAGCACCACCACCUUAGGCUCUCCCGCAACUAGAAAAGUUUUUUUCUCGAGAAGAAAAGUUUCUCCCCGCAACUGGCAACUUUCCUGGAUUUUCUUGGCUUUUCUCGAGAAAAAAAAAGAGUGAAUUUCUUUUUGUUUACUUUGGGAUUUGUUUAUGGUUAACUAAUACUAGACACAAACUCCCCUCUCCAACACUUUCUCAGUUUUCUUCUCGGAAUUCUCAGGCUCUCCCGCACCUGGCAACUUUCCUGGAUUUUCUCGAGAAAAACAGGCUCUCCCGCAACUGGCGACUUUUAUCUCGAGAAAAAGAUGGGGAUAGAUGAUAACUUUCUAGGUUCACUUACUAAUGACGAGCCUAAAGAACCACUUGAAUCUACUGUUGCUAUGGAUCAUCUGAAGAUCCAGUUCUCCAUCUUAUGGAUGAAGAGGCGGCUGAGAAUUCCUUGAAUCAUAGCAGUGAUCACAAACAGCCUGACCAUGGAGAAGAUGAGAUGGGGAUAGAUGAUAACCUUUUAGAUUCGCUUACUAUUGAUGAGCUUAAGGAACUACUUGAAUCUACUGGUGCUACGGAUCAAUCUGAAGAUCCAGUUCCCAAGUGGAUUAAUGAUAUCAAUCCAGUAUCGAACCACGAGGAAUCUGAAAACCGGAAUGUAGAUGGGUUGCACUCGCCUCCCAACUUUGACCGGAAUGUAGAUGGGUUGCACUCGCCUCCCAACUUUGGACAGUUGCCACUUUCAGAGAAUGUUUGUCCCAGUAUUGAAGAGAUAGAUGAAGCCCUCGCUAUGGUGGUUGGUGAUGUUGAUGAGCAGCAACCUAUGGAUGAAGAGGCUGCUGAUAAUUCCCUUCACAAUGAAGAAGAUGACAGAGCGGUCACCAUACCUCAACCAGCUCAACCAGCUGCCAAUCAUGAUCACAAACAGCCUGACCAUGAAGAAGAUGACAAAGAGAAGGACCAUGAACCAGCUGCCACUGAAGCUAAGGCUGAUCACAAACAGCCUGACCAUGAAGAAGAUGACAGAGACCAUGAACCAGCUGCGAAUCACAAACAGCCUGAAGAUGAGAGAGAGAACCAUGAUCCAGCUGCGACUGAUAAGGCUGACCACAAUGAAGAAGCUACUCCUAAUGCUAAUGAAGAAGCUCAACCAGCUGCUAAUGCUAAUGUAGAAGCUCAACCAGCUGCUAAUGCUAAUGAAGAAGCUCAAAGCUGCUAAUGGUAAUGAAAAUCAGGUCACUUAAGCGAAUGAUGAUCAGCCUCUAGCCCCAGCCCGAUUGAUAAAACCGAGUUUGAAAUUUUCGGAGGGCAUAGAAACAUCUGUUUCUUCAGGAGAAGAUACAACAUCAACAUCAUCUUCAUCUGAUGAAGAUUGGUUGAUGUAGAUUUCUGAUUUCUUUUUGCUCUGUUAAACAACCUAGUGUUUGCUUGUUGUCAAAUUUGUGACCUCGGUUAGCAGUGACAAUUUUUUUUUCGAUUUAAGAUUUUUUCAUAAACCCAUGUUUUUGACAGAAUAGAAAAAUAGUUUGAGUUUGAUUGGUGGAUCAAAACUCACACAAAUAACCUGCUCUUAUACUAUAUAGAAUAUGAAUAAUUGUUGUA